CUUCUGUCUGAAAAGGAAAGAGCACUCUACCAAGCCUAACAUGCAAUACCCCUGUUAAUCCAGUACCAUGCAAAUUUUGAGCCAAGACUACCAGUCAAGACAUCAUUUGGGGAUCAAAUAAUGGAUCACUGGCAAGACUUUAAAUAUGUACUCACAAAUGGUCAGUUGGCAAGUUCCUUUCAUGAGCAGAGGCAUCAGCAAAGUGAACCUGAUAAGUCUGGAUAAAAGAUGCUUUGGUUUGAGAGUACGGCAAAGCAGCUAGCAAAAUAUUCUUCUAGGCCACUAUGGAGACGACUAUGUGCAGCCACUACAAAUACACCAGUAUUAACUUUGUUCACCAAGAACCCGUGCCCUCUGUGUGAUGAAGCAAAAGAAGUGCUUGAGCCAUAUAAAAACAGGUUUAUUUUGCAGGAAGUGGAUAUCACCCUUCCAGAGAAUGCAGUGUGGUAUGACAAAUAUAAGUAUGACAUACCUGUCUUCCAUUUAAAUGGGCAGUUCCUAAUGAAGCAUCGGGUAGAUGUUAAAAAAUUUGAGAACCAGCUUGUGAAGCUAGAGUUUCAAAAUGAUGAAAACCAAUGAAGGAAAUGCAGCUAUUCUGAGACUGGAUUGAAGGGAUUUUGAACAAAUGGUUUGAAACUGUUGCAUACAUUAUCAAACCACAUUUUAGUUAUUUGAUUUAUAUUCCAUUUUGUAGUAAUGAUGAAGGCCAUCUGACUGAAUAGCAACUCAUCUUCAUCUGUUAUCCUAGAUGGUUUUGUUUUUCAAUGGGAGAGUAAGUGCUAUUCCACAGCAGCAGAUAAAAUGAAAUGCACUUUCAGAUCAUUAAUACACCCUGCACUGACAAUAAAGAAAUGUUUGUUAUGUC